AAGAAUGAUAGGAACAGCGAAGUGAGAGAAGCAGUUUGUGUCCCCCGGUUCCCUCACUUCUGAGUUUGUACAUUUUAAAACCAUGCUGACCGAGUGCAUGUCUUAUAUAGUCAACUGGUAGUGUCAGCCCUUGUUUGGAAAUAGGUUCUAGCUUAUUUACAGUACAUUUUGCCCAGAACUUUUUUCUUUUACUAAGUGGUUUCCUCUGAAGAGUUAGUAAAACAUGGGGAAAACCUUAGUAGAGUACACCAUCGGGGGUGUGAAGAUCCAGUUCCCCUGCAAAGCUUAUCCAUCCCAGCUAGCAAUGAUGAAUUCAAAGGCUCAGCUUGCUAAACUGCACGAAGGAGGAGCUUCAUCAGAAGAGAAGUGCCAGUCAGAUAAAAGUUCAGAAGAUGGUAAGACGUUACAGGCCCCCACCUCAUGCCUCUGUGCGUGCCACGCUAAAACGACCAUAGCGGCAGACUCGCAUACAGCACAGCCGACGGUUGUUGACCUCACAGGGUCCCCCUGCAAAGAAACAGCCCAGCCAUUGCUGUCAACACCAAAACAUUUUCAAGAGGAGUCUCAUCCAAAGAAACAGUCUUUUUCUUCUCGUCUGUCUGAGAAGUUCAAAGCUUCUCAUAGCUCUGACUGUGAGAAUGAUGAUGACUUUCAGCCUGACAGGAAACGCAUUCGCACGGCAGAGCAAAAGAACCAUAAAAGACAGCAUCCACAGCAAGGCGUCAUAUUCUUGGAUGAUGAGCCAGAUGUGGAACCUCAGCCUUCAGGUCCUCAGAGUUGGACCCCAGCUCCAAGCAGCCCAGCUGCUGGUUUUUCAUCAUGCAGUGCCCCGGAGCCCUGCUCACGCUGCCCAUGCGCUUCCGCCAAAAACGCAGCAAAGGACAAGGACGGCAAGAAGAAGAUUCCCAAAAUUUACUUCGGCACGCGCACACACAAGCAAAUAACCCAGAUCGUGCACGAGCUGAGGCGCACCGAGUACUCCCGCACGCAAAUGACCAUCCUGUCCAGCAGAGACCACACCUGUGUCAAUCCGGAAGUGGCGUCCAGCUCCAACCGCAAUGAACAGUGCAAGCAUCUGCUGGAAGCCAAAGAUAAAAUGAGGGACCAGUACACGUUGCAACAUGUCCACGGACUGCACAAGGCCUGGGACAUCGAGGACCUGGUCACUCUGGGCAAGCGGCUUCGUUCCUGCUCUUACUACGCCGCCCGUGAACUCAAACAGGGGGCCAGUGUCAUCUUUUGCCCAUAUAACUACCUGCUGGAUCCCAUGAUCAGAGAAAGUAUGGAGAUCGAUCUGGCCGGGCAGAUCCUGGUGCUGGACGAGGCCCACAACAUUGAGGACUGUGCCAGGGAAAGUGCCAGCUGCACGUUGCAGCACAGCGGUCUGCAGAUGGCCAUAGACGAGCUGGACGGCAUGGUCAAAAACAACAUCAGACGCUCUAAACACGAGCCACUCAGGGACUUCUGCUACACUCUGAUCAAUUGGAUCCAGGAGAGCCAGAUCUUAUUAUCUGAUCGUGGAUAUGAGAGUGCCAGUAAAGUCUGGAAUGGGAAGGACAUACUGAGCAUAUUUCAUGGUUUGGGCAUCACUGCUGACACAUUCAACAUCCUGAAGCAAAGCUUGGCUGCGGUGUUGGAAAAAGAAGAGCGCGCUGGUAUGGUUAAUGGUAAAGAGGAGAUGGUCCAGGUACCAGUCAUCAGUUCGACGACCUCCACUGUCCUCAAAAACCUCUUCAUGGUGCUCAACUUCCUCUACAAAGAUGGCUCACGGUUUGCCGAAGACUAUCGAGUCGCACUGCAAAAGAACUACGCGUGGACCAAUCAAGCUCCACCCGAAAACCACGAUGCCCGAGGUUUUUUGAUCGUGCCACGCGCUAGACACCGCCAGAGCAUGCGCGUCAAGAAAGAGGUCCUCACGCUGAGCUUCUGGUGCCUCAACCCGGCCGUGGCGUUCUCUGACCUGAGCGGCUCCGUGCACAGUAUUGUUCUGACGUCUGGAACCCUGUCGCCUAUGGGCUCCUUCUCCUCUGAGCUUGGGGUGAAAUUCACCAUCCAGUUGGAGGCCAACCAUGUGAUAAACAAGUCGCAGGUUUGGGUGGGGACUGUCGGUGCAGGACCCCAGGGCAAAAAGCUCUGCGCCACGUUUCAGCACGCCGAAACGUUUGCCUUUCAGGACGAGGUGGGCGCUUUGCUGCUUCAUGUCUGCCAGGCGGUCACCAAGGGUGUGCUCUGCUUUUUGCCCUCCUACAAGAUGCUGGACAAGCUCAGAGAUCGAUGGAGCAACACCGGGCUGUGGGAUAAGCUGGAAAAUGUAAAAACAGUAUUCACUGAGCCCCGUGGUGGAGGCAAGGGGGAUUUUGAUGCGCUGCUGCAGAUGUACUAUGAUGCCAUCAAAUACUGUGAAGCAGGAGUCGGUGCACUUCUUAUCGCCGUGUGCAGGGGUAAAGUCAGCGAAGGGCUGGACUUUACAGAUGACAAUGCCAGGGCUGUGGUGGAACUGAAGAUGAAAUACAAUGACCAGCACUGCAAGUCUAGAGGUCUUCUUUCUGGCCAUCACUGGUACGAGAUCCAGGCCUACAGAGCUUUGAACCAAGCCCUGGGAAGGUGUAUCCGCCACAAAAAUGACUGGGGUGCUCUAAUUCUUGUGGAUGACCGGUUCAGGAAUAACCCAAAUAAGUACAUCACAGGUUUGUCUAAGUGGGUCCGUCAGCUCGUCCAGCAUCACAACACCUUUGGCGAUGCCAUGCAGUCUCUGGUAGCCUUCUCUCAGGUGCAGGGGAAGGUGGCGGUCACCCCGGCACACAACCAGAGCCUCGCUUCUGCCGAAAAGAAUCCCGUCCCAGCAGCUGCUGAGAGACAGAGUCCGAGGGAGGCUUCACAUGGGGAGACACCCCUAUCCUGUGUCAAACCACCUGACCCCCAGCAGGAUAUGAGCCCCUCGGCCUCUCUGUCACUGAAAGCUGAAAAUGGCAUUAAAGCGGAAACCUCGAAGAUGCUGCACGGUCCUCCAACAGAGCAACUCUCUAAUCGACAUAGAAAGGCCAAACCUUUCUACCACAUAUUCACCAGCAGCCCCAAAGGCCUCAACCUGAAGAAGCCAAUUUUUAAAGCAAAAGAACCAAGUAAUGUCCAGCACGAGAGUAACUGGAUAUCCUGUCCCACACCGAAGCCUGAGACAGUUUGCUUUAAACAAGGGGCUGAAGACAGUUCCCGUGAAGUCAACAUGGAGUCUGGUACACGGGCUUCAAAGCCGUCUCCGUCAAAAGAGCCUUCCAAUCAUGAAAAUCAAGCUGCUUCUGCAGACGGUAUUGAUGAAGACGAGGACAAGACCAUUUUCUUUACUCCAGAACUUUUUCAGGGGGCUGAAAGUAGCCCACAGAGGGAGGCACCCCCCGAAUCAUCGCCCACAAAUGUCCAGUUAACAAAGAGCCCGACUCGGCAACCGAGAGAACCGUUUGUCUCUGAACAGGACAAAAUAUUUGCCUCUGCCUCUGAUGGGCCGAGUCCCAUUUCACCCACUGUGGUGAGCGCAGAGCUUUCCCAUGAGCAUGAAGAAGAAAGUAGAGGACAGGAGCAAAGAGAGAAGAGAACGGAGGGUGAAACCCCAAGCAGUCAGACAGGGAGUAGGCUUUUGAGGCUUUCCAAGUCCAGGCAGAGAAACCCCACCACUCAAACAGGUAACCAGCAACCUGGAGACGUGAAAUAGUUGAAAACAGGAUGUCUUUCCCAGAAAAUAGGUAAUGUUUCACACUUAUGCAAGUGCAAUGAAAAUGAUCCCUCCUAGUUUAUAGCCUUUUCCGAACUCCUUUAAUGUCGCGUUGUCAAGUGUCUCACUGUGUCACAACUGCCUCAGGCAAUUAGACCACACAGUAAUACCAUGCAUGCAGUAGAUGAUGAGGUUCCAGCAGUCACAUCAGCUUCUAAUGUAGUGUGACAGCUUAUCUUAUUAAGCCUGUUCUCAGUUAACCAACCAACAUUAUCGAAAGCACUGCACUGAUUGAAAGCCUUUCUUAGCAAAUCAUUAUAAUACAAAAGCAAGAGCUCAUUUGUGUUUUUUCAGAUGUGCAAAAUCAUUUAGUUCUGUUUAAUGAUGUGUCUGUAGGUAAUGGGAGUAGAACGUGCAUAUACUAUCAUGCCUGAUUUAACCAAAAAGGGGCACUUUAUUUUUCCGAUUUGUUUUCCUAUUAAGUCAUUUCAUGCUUUAAACUGAAGUGCCUCUAAUGGGGUUGGUAUUGAUUUGUUACACUUUCAAACAUUUGCAUAUAAGAAUAAUACAA